UUAAACUACUUUCAAGCAACAUUAUAUUUAGUUUGUAUAUAUAUCAAUGGCAGCCAAGAGUGGAAAAGCAAUGGCAGAAGCCACUGGUUCUGUUGCCAUCAUUUUUGGUGCUACAGGGCUUGUUGGGGUAGAGUUGGCUAAAAGGCUGAUGACCUCAAAAUCAAACUGGAAGGUUUACGGCAUAGCUCGGAGACCUGAGAUCAAUCCCCUCCAGAGUCCUAAAUACCAAUUCAUUUCUUGUGAUUUGCUUAAUGCUACGGAGACCAAGCAAAAGCUCUCUCCCUUGCAAGAUGUGACUCACAUUUUCUGGAUCACCUGGACGGGGAAACAUCGUUUCGAUAGCCAGGAAUGUUGUCAGCAGAACAAGGAAAUGAUGUCCAAUGCCUUGGAUGCUGUCCUCCCUAAAGUCAAGACAUUGAAGCAUGUCUCAAUCCAGACAGGAAUGAAGCACUAUGUGUCAUUACAAGGUCCUUGGAAUGCAGAAGAAAAAGAAGAAGUUGUUUACUACAAUGAGGAGCGGCCGAGGGUUGGAGCUGGCAACUUCUACUAUGUGCUGGAGGAUUUGAUCAAGGAGAGGCUUUCAGAUGAAGGUAAUAAGGUUUCUUGGUCUGUUAUAAGGCCUGGUUUGUUGAUGGGUUGUUCUAAUAGGACUUUGUAUAACUUCAUAGGAAGUUUGUGUGUUUAUGGAGCUAUAUGUAAGCAUUUGAAUCUCCCUUUUGUGUUUGGAGGGACAAGGGAGUGUUGGGAAGAGGCUUGUAUCGAUGGGUCUGAUGCUCGGCUAGUCGCGGAACAGCACAUUUGGGCAGCUACCAAUGAAGAGAUAUGUUCCAUACAUGGCCAAGCUUUCAAUGCAAUUAAUGGCCCGAGUUUCACAUGGAAGGAGAUCUGGCCAACUCUUGGGAAGAAAUUCGGAGUCGAAGUGCGGCCUAAUGAAAUGUUUGUGAAGGAUUUUUGGUAUGCAAAAGCCAUGUUUGACGAAGGAAAGGUGUGGGAAGAGAUUGUAGUGAAACAAGGACUAAUUGUGACAAAAAUGGAAGAUUUGGCCGACUGGGGAUUUCUGGAUGUCCUGUUCCGGUGCCCGAAGAAAAUGCUCGGGAGCCGAGAAAAGGCUGACAGGGCUGGGUUUAAUGUGACAUAUAAGACAUCAGAUUCAAUCCUAUAUUGGAUUGAUACCAUGAGAGAUGAGAAACUAGUUCCUUAGAGCUUGGUUUUGACUUCCAUUGUGUUGGGAGAGAAUGUGGCGCAGUACUGCGUGCACGUUGUGCAUGUGCUCUGUUUGACUGAACUACAUCCAGUUCUAAUCAUCAAACAGAUUAUGUAUAUACGUAUGGGCUUUGCUUCCCUGGCA